AAUAUAUAUAAUGAAUAUAUCACGCUAUGGUUUCACAGAAAUUCUAUGAUCAUGAAAUAAAAAAUAAAAUAAAAAAGAAGAAGAAAAAUAUUUCUGGAGUACCAACCCUUGUAGAGUAAACUAUAAUGUCUUUGUAUUAGGCUAUAAUAUAAAUAUUUGUUGACGUAAAAAAGUGCAACUUAGAUCACUGGCCAUCAGUCUCUAGAAACUUUAUUAUUAAUUUCCCUGCUAUAAAAUAAAAUAAAAUAAGAUAAAAAUAAAGUAAUAAAUUGGCUUAACUGGUCUUUUGGCUGGUUUUAAAGGGGUUUGGAUCAUUACUGGGGUCAGGGACCAGUUUCGCCUGAGAAAUUUCUGUAUUUUUAUCAAAAUUUUCCUAUGACAUAAAGGAAUUGGGGCUCUAUUGAACCAACUGCACUAAAACACAAUAAGAAGCCUUUACAAGCUAUUUUUUACCCCGCAUCUAAUGAAAUACUGAUGACAUUUCACAUUGAAUCUGUCUUGGGAAACAUAAUAGCCCGUGGCUGAGAUAAUGACAGGUUAGCUCAACAUGACAUUUUGUGUUUUUAUGUCAAGUAGCCUAACCUGCCGAGACACUGACGCAGAUCCCCUGGGAGGGGGCAUUAAACUUUCAGCGUACCACCCCACACGAGUCAUACAGACAUUGGCACGACAGUUUCUCUCUGUAGCGCACCAAAUUAUCGCGUCAUUUUCUUUCACUUUCCAAGUGGUCGUCGUCACGGGAGUAUAUAAAUGAAGUGAUUAUCCAUUUGCAGCAUUACACGGGCCUCUACUGGCAAUAACUGCACGAGCAAUUACAGGAGUACUGAUCAAACAAGCUGAAGGGACUCGAGUCUUACAUGAGCGCGAUGUGCCUCGUGUGGAGAUACAGAUUAGUCGUUUCCAUCUCUCUACUUGUUGUGCUCUGUGAUGUUUAUGCAUCAGACGCACAACCAAUUGGAAAAGUUUAUCCGCGCGGAAAUCACUGGGCUGUUGGGCACUUAAUGGGCAAGAAAAGCACAGAUGAGCAGGUCAGACCUGAGGAUCCAGAAGGCAACGAUGAGACCUCCAUGACGACUGGAGAUCAGGAUCAGCAGCUGGAAAGAUACUACAAACAUCUGCUGCUGCCACUCCUUCAUGCGCUCAUGAGAGGACGGAUGGCACCGGAGAGCAUGCUGGAGGGCACAGAGGAGAUCGAUGCUCAUAAACUGCUCCAGCGCAUGCUGGAAGAGAGACGUCAGUGGGAGGAAGGUCAUGAGAGAGACAGACAAGUCAAAUUGGCUGAGGACGUCUUGUUACGGGCUUUAUUAAUGCAGGAUGACAACGAAAGCUGAGAACCAACUGGACAAAAGACUGUGGUUUGAAGUUCGAAUACAAACCUCUUUAUUCAACAACAUAUAAAUAAGCAUGUUAUAUUUUUGUAUGUCAAUAUCUCUACAAAGAAACACAUAAACUGAGUGUCAUCAUUCUGUAUAUUUUAUGGUAUUGUUUUGUAAAUUAAUUCAUCUUCUUGAUAACUGACACCAUAGUAACCAUUGUAUUCACAGUUCAAUUGAUUAAUAUUUAAUAAACUUUAACUUGUUGGGCUAU